AUGGCAAAGUUGAAAUUCUGGCUAUGUUUGCUCUUGAUUUGCAUUUCUUUAUCACGUUUAUCAGCGUCUCGACCGCUGCAGCAGUGGCUUCCAAACGCAAGCGGGAUAAAACGAGGACGUAUGAUGAGAGAAGCAGAGAAAGUGUUGAAAGCUAAUAUGGAAAAGCUCGUGGAGAGUGGUUUUAAUGAGUCCAUGAGACUUAGUCCUGGAGGUCCCGAUCCUCGUCAUCACUGA